UCAGUGCUGGGGCUGGAUUCAGCUGACCACAGGCCACACCAGACGCCCCUCUGCUCCCGAGGAAGACCAGGGUGGCCCGGCCCUCACGAAGAUGCUCCCUGGAGCCUGGCUGUACUGGGCCUCCCUCCUGCUCCUGGCCAGGCCUGCCCAGCCCUGCCCCGUGGGCUGUGACUGCUUCAUCCAGGAGGUGUUCUGCUCAGAUGAGGAGCUGGCCGCCAUCCCACCGGACAUCCCACCACACGCCACAGACAUCAUCUUUGUGGAGACCUCGUUCACCACAGUGGAAACCAGGGCCUUUGGCGGCAGCCCCAACCUGACCAAGGUGGUCUUCCUCAAUACCCAGCUGCGCCAUUUCGGGCCGGAUGCCUUCGGGGGGCUGCCCAGGCUGGGGGACCUGGAGAUCACAGGCAGCAGCUUCUCCAACCUCAGCACCGACAUCUUCUCCAACCUGACCUCGCUGGGCAAGUUCACCCUCAACUUCAACACGCUGGAGGCGCUGCCCGAGGGCCUCUUCCUCCACAUGGACGCCCUGGAGUCCCUCCAGUUGCAGGGGAACCGGCUCAAGACCCUGCCCAGGAGGAUCUUCCAGCCUCUGACGCAUCUGAAGACCCUCAACCUGGCCCAGAACCUCCUGGCCCAGCUCCCCGAGGAGCUGUUCCACCCCCUCACCAGCCUGCAGGCCCUGAAGCUGAGCAACAACGAGCUCUCCAGCCUCCCCCAGGGCGUGUUUGGCAAACUGGGGAGCCUGCAGGAGCUCUUCCUGGACGGCAACAAGAUCUCGGAGCUGCCCCCGGACGUGUUCUCCCAGCUCUUCUGCCUGGAGAGGCUGUGGCUGCAGCGCAACACCCUCGGGCACCUGCCGCGGACCGUCUUCUCCGCGCUGGGCAAUCUGACCUUCCUGAGCUUGCAGGGGAACAUGCUGCGCGUGCUGCCCACCCGCCUCUUUGCCCACACCCCAGGCCUUGUUGGCCUGUCCCUGUCCCACAACCAGCUGGAGACUGUCGCCGAGGGUGCCUUUGCCGGCCUGUUUAACCUGAGUUCCCUCACGCUCUCACACAACGCCAUUGCCCACCUCCCAGCCGGCGUCUUCAGGGACCUAGAGGGCUUGGUCAAGCUCUACCUGGGCAGCAACAACCUGACGGCCUUGCACCCAGCCCUCUUCCAGAACCUGUCCAAGCUGGAACUGCUCAGCCUCUCCAGGAACCAGCUGACCACACUUCCAGAGGGCAUCUUCAACACCAACUACAACCUGUUCAACGUGGCCCUGCACAGCAACCCCUGGCAGUGUGACUGCCACCUGGCCUACCUCUUCAGCUGGCUGCACGAGUACACCGACCGGCUGCUGAACAUCCAGACCUACUGUGCAGGCCCCGCCUACCUCAAGGGCCAGGUGGUGCCCGCGCUGAAGGAGGAGCAGCUGGUGUGCCCCGUCACCCGGGACCGCCUGGGCUUCCAGGCCCCGGGGCUGGACGACAGGGAGCCAGGGGGCAGCUGGGAUCUGGCGGUGGAAGAAAGGGCAGCCCGGAGCCGGUGCACCUACAGCAACCCCGAGGGCACAGUGGUGCUGGCCUGUGACGAGGCCCAGUGUCGCUGGCUGAGCAUCCAGCUGUCUCCUAGGCAGGGCGCGGGCUCUCCGGGACUGGCGUACAAUGCCAGCCAGGUGUGGGACCUGCGGUCGAGCUGCGGCUCCGUGCGGGUCACUGUGUCUGUAGUGGCUCGGGCAGCGGGGCCCUAGGAGCAGGCACACGGGCGCCGGGGCAGGUGGCCUCUGGGGCCGGCCAGACGGCCGGUGAGGGUGGGGGGCCCGAGGGGAGCUGAGGCUGCAAAGCUUUGGUUUUUCAGAUGAAAGACGCAUGGGUGGCAAGGGACGUUACAUCUCUGAGGUGGGGGAGGAUCAGGCCUGCUCCCAGCAUCUCCCCCUCCUCUUCCUCCGUCACCCCUCUCGGGGCCUGCGGCCUAACAAGGCCAUUCUUACGCUUUGCAAAGCACCUGGAGAAUAAAGUCCCCCCGGCCCGA